AUGGCGAUGUGAAUCAGAAAGUUGAGCGAUCCGCAUUCCGCCAAAGCAGAGUAGCGAUAUGUUUCCUCUCCGCUGAUUGGUGGCGGGACUCUGCGGAGUUGGCGCGAACGUGCACGGUGUAGUAGCGAGACAAAGAGCAUCCUGCGCAUUUUAAUGUUAUUUAUUGAUCAGCGGAUAUUUCUACAUUCGUUCUUCAUAGAUUAAGUGGCCAUGGCGGACAAAGAAGCUGCAUUUGACGAUGCCGUGGAGGAGCGGGUCAUCAACGAGGAGUACAAGAUCUGGAAGAAAAACACUCCGUUCCUCUACGACCUGGUGAUGACCCACGCGCUGGAGUGGCCCAGUCUGACUGCACAGUGGCUCCCAGACGUCACACGACCCGAGGGGAAGGACUACAGCGUGCACCGGCUGGUCCUCGGUACACACACCUCGGAUGAACAGAACCACCUGGUCAUCGCCAGCGUCCAGCUGCCCAAUGAUGAUGCCCAGUUUGAUGCGUCGCACUACGACAGCGAGAAAGGAGAGUUUGGUGGCUUCGGCUCCGUGAGCGGUAAGAUUGAGAUCGAGAUCAAGAUCAACCACGAGGGCGAGGUCAACCGGGCGCGCUACAUGCCUCAGAACCCCUGCAUCAUCGCCACCAAGACCCCCACCAGCGACGUGCUCGUCUUCGACUACACCAAACACCCCUCCAAACCCGACCCCUCUGGAGAGUGCUGUCCUGACCUGCGUCUGCGGGGUCAUCAGAAGGAGGGGUACGGCCUCUCCUGGAACCCCAACCUGAGUGGCUGCCUGCUCAGCGCCUCUGACGACCAUACUAUCUGCCUGUGGGACAUCAGCACGGUGCCUAAGGAGGGGAAGGUGGUGGACGCUAAGACCAUCUUCACCGGACACACGGCUGUGGUGGAGGACGUCUCCUGGCACCUGCUGCACGAGUCCCUCUUCGGAUCAGUCGCUGACGACCAGAAACUCAUGAUCUGGGACACGCGGUCCAACAACACGUCCAAGCCCAGUCAUGCGGUGGACGCCCACACGGCCGAGGUCAACUGCCUGUCCUUCAACCCCUACAGCGAGUUCAUCCUGGCCACAGGCUCCGCCGACAAGACGGUGGCGCUGUGGGAUCUGCGUAAUCUAAAGCUGAAGCUGCACUCCUUUGAGUCGCACAAGGACGAGAUCUUCCAGGUCCAGUGGUCGCCCCAUAACGAGACCAUCCUGGCCUCCAGCGGCACCGACAGGAGACUCAACGUGUGGGACCUCAGUAAAAUUGGAGAGGAGCAGUCGCCAGAAGAUGCUGAGGAUGGACCUCCUGAGCUGCUGUUCAUCCAUGGCGGCCACACGGCCAAGAUCUCGGACUUCUCCUGGAACCCCAACGAGCCAUGGGUCAUCUGCUCUGUGUCCGAGGACAACAUCAUGCAAGUCUGGCAGAUGGCGGAGAACAUCUACAACGACGAGGAUCCAGAGGGUGCCGCCGACGCCGAGGUCCAGGGUUGAAGAACGUUCCAGAACCUUUAGCCCCCCCCCCUCCAACACAAUCACCCCCUCAUGACCACACCCCAUCCCAUGGCCACACCCCUCAUGGCCAAACCCCACCCCAUGGUCACACCCCCUCAUGACCCCACCCCCACCCUGAGAGAAAGAAGUCAAACUCAAGCUCACUAAAUACUGCGGCGUGUUUCUCCCCUCAGAAAGCCCAGGUGUUUUGUACUGUGUAAAAAAAGUAUUUUUCUAAACGGAUUGGUUUGUCCCCGCCCCCCCCCCUAUUACCAGAGGAGGUCGUGUGUAGUGCCCUGAUUGGUUAGUGUGCUUGGCCCUCUGUGUGUGCUGUUGACGUCUGAGCUUAGCGUUGGCUAGCACCUCCCCCAGCUGUUAAGGAUGGGCAGAUGCUAAUGUUAGCGGCUAGCACCUCCCUCAGCUGUUAAAGCUGGGCAGAUGCUAAUGCUAGCGGCUAGCACCUCCCCCAGCUGUUAAAGAUGGGCAGAUGCUAAUGCUAGCGGCUAGCAUCUCCCCCAGCUGUUUAAGAUGGGCAGGUGCUAAUGCUAAUGCUAGCGGCUAGCACCUCCCUCAGCUGUUUAAUAUGGGCAGAUGCUAAUGCUAGCGGUUAGCACCUCCCCAGCUGUUAAAGAUGGGCAGAUGCUAAUGCUAAUGCUAGCGGUUAGCACCUCCCCAGCUGUUACAGAUGGGCAGAUGCUAAUGCUAAUGCUAGCGACUCAUGGAGGGCAGAUGUACUCUCUCUUCAUCUUCACAUUUAGACCACCAGCAUCUCUCUCUCUCUCUCGCUCUCUCUCUCUCUCUCUCUCUUGCUCUCCCUCUCUCUCUCUCUCUCGCUCUCGCUCUCUCUCUCUGCAAUGACUUUUCUACUUCUUUUUUUAAGUAUUUGUCCCCGUGGUUUUGUUUAUCGUCUUUUUAUUAAUAUUGUGAUACACUUGUGACAUUUUUUUCUGUGUUCAUCUCUUCUCUCUGUCAAGUCAGUUGUACAUUAUGAAUAAAUUGUUUUCAUUGAGA